GUCAAAGGUUUUGGUCUUGUUCAUCAGAUUCAGGUGUGUCCUCUUCCUCAUUCUUCUCUCACCAUUGCUCUUAGCAAAUGUGUAAAACCCUCAACCCCUCACCGCCCUUUUAAUCUUCAAUCACAACUUCACAAACCCAAUGCCCCACUUUGUAAAUUUUCCAUUUUUCUCAUGCUUACACAGAUUAAAAACCCUUACUUUCUCAACACAACAAAUGGGUAUGGCUUCUGUUGCUGAUACCCUUUAUAGUCAUCUGCAUAAAAACAAUGGCAGUGUUGAGAAUUCAUUGUCUAAGGUUAAGCCCAAAUUGGAUUCUCGAUGUGUCAUCGAAGUUCUGAGUAGGUGCUAUCCCAAGGAAUCUCAAUUGGGUAUUAGGUUUUUCAUUUGGGCUGGAUUUCAAUCUGGGUACAGGCAUAGUGCUUACAUGUAUAGGAAAGCAUAUAACUUGCUUGGGAUUGAUCAAAAUCCUCGGAUGAUUUGUGAUGUGAUUGAGUCUUAUGAGGCUGAAGGGUGUUUAGUUACUGCCAACAUGUUUAGGGAGGUUCUUAAUCUGUGUAAAGAAGCUCAGCUUGCUGACGAGGCUUUGUGGGUGUUAAGGAAAAUGGAGAAUUUUAGCUUGCGUGCUGACACUGUGAUGUAUAAUGUGGUUAUAAGGUUGUGUUGCAAGAAGGGUGACGUUGAAAUGGCUGAGAAGUUGAUGAGAGAGAUGAGUUUGAAUGAUCUUUGUCCUGAUGUGAUUACAUAUAUGACAAUGAUUGAGGGAUUCUGUAAUGUGGGUCGAUCGGAGGAUGCUUACUCUUUGCUCAAGGUUAUGCGAGUACAUGGAUGUUUGCCCAGUUCGGUGGUUUUAUCGGCCAUUUUAGAUGGGUUAUGUAGGUCUGGAUCUAUGGAAAGGGCAUUGGAAUUGUUGGAUGAAAUGGAGAAAGGUGGGGAUUGUAGUCCAAAUGUUGUUACAUAUACAUCUCUGAUUCAAAGUUUUUGUAAGAGAGGCCAGUGGACAGAAGCAUUGGAUAUUCUGGAUAGAAUGAAAGCUUUUGGAUGUCUUGCAAAUCAUGUUACUGUUUUUACUUUGAUUGAGAGCCUUUGUGCUGAAGGUCGAGUGGAAGAAGCUUUUAGGUUGAUUGACAAAUUUGUGGUGGAACAUAGUGUUUCAUACGGUGAUUGCUACAGUUCACUUGUGAUUUCUUUGAUAAGGAUAAAAAAACCUGAGGAAGCAGAGAGGCUCUUCAGGGAAAUGCUUGCUGGUGAGUUCAAACCUGAUACUUUGGCAUCUAGCCUUUUGCUAAAGGAGCUCUGUAUGAAGGACAAGGUUCUUGAUGGAUUCUAUUUGCUUGAUGCAAUUGAGAAUAUGGGAUGCUUGUCUUCUAUUGACUCUGAUAUUUAUUCUAUUCUUCUAAUUGGGCUUUAUCAAAGACGCCACUUGACAGAGGCCACAAAUCUGGCCAAGAUAAUGCUUAAGAAAUCAGUUCCGCUAAGACCUCCAUAUCAACAAAGUGUAAUUGAUAUCCUAAGAAAAUCUGGAGAAAAAGAUCUUGUGAACAAGUUCACUAGCGUACGUAAGGAGCUGCAAUGAUAAAUUAUCUUAUGAAGGAGGUCACAUCCAUUGUUUAUCUGCGGCUUCUGUUCAUCAAGUUUACAUUGUAUAACUGCAACUGUAAGGAUAUGUUUCUGUAAUGUAGGCUGAUAUCGCCUUGGCUCAUUUUUUUCUCAUUAAGGUGACAGUAAUUUUGUUCUGCUUCUUGAGAACAGUAUGCUUGCAUCUGUCUUUUUGCUAAGCCUAUACUCAGCUGUAGAAACAUUAGAUUAUAGUCAAUCUUGACAACUUCUUCAACCCAUUUUCCUUAUACUAAUUGAUG